AGGUCCCGACUCCCGCCGCACCUCCUCCGGCUCUGCAGUGGCGGCGGGGAGACGAGUCGGAGCGCCAGCGGGGCCGGGGCUGGAGCCAAGCCGGGGUCGCGGCAGAAGCGGGGUCCCUCGGAGGCGGGGCCAGUGGGACUGCGAUGGGCGUGGAGAUCGAGACUAUCUCCCCGGGAGACGGAAGGACAUUUCCCAAGAAGGGCCAGACGUGUGUGGUGCACUACACAGGAAUGCUCCAAAAUGGGAAGAAAUUUGAUUCAUCCAGAGACAGAAACAAACCUUUCAAGUUCAGAAUUGGCAAACAGGAAGUCAUCAAGGGUUUUGAAGAGGGCACAGCCCAGCUGGGUCCUCUUUCUCCUCUCCCCAUCUGCCCCCAUCCCUGCUAGAUGAGCUUGGGGCAGAGGGCGAAGCUGACCUGCACCCCCGAUGUGGCGUACGGAGCCACAGGCCACCCCGGUGUCAUCCCUCCCAAUGCCACCCUCAUCUUUGACGUGGAGCUGCUCAACUUAGAGUGAAGGCAGGAAGGAGCUCGAGGUGGCCGGAGAAGGCUGUUGCCCGCCACUGGGAUGGCUCCUCCUGCUUGGGGCUCUUGAUCAGUGUGCUCACCUCACUGCCCCAUGGCAUAACCCAUUCUCUCUGCCCAAGUUGCUCUGUAUGUGUUCGUCACUGUUCACGCGUAUCUUUGCUUAAGGACACUUCAGUUGCAGAUUGAAACAUUUUAGGUUGUGCAUUUUGCGUGAUGCAUGUAGUAGGCAUUCCUCAACAGAGAACACAGGUUUCUCGUUUGCACAAUCUACACUGCCUUACCCUCACCUAAGCCAGACACACAAGGUGCUCGGACAUGAAACAUACAUGGUGUGCACAGAGGAACUUGAGCCAGUUACCUUUGCUGUCACUUUCUCUCUUAGAAAUUGUUGGCUGCUGACUUACAAGAUGUCCUCUUUGGAAAUGACAUGAUGUAAAAUAAAGGCUCUGUGCUUGAC